CUCCAGCUGCUGAGCAGCUCCAGGACAUCCUGGGGGAGGAAGAUGAGGCUCCCAACCCCACCCUUUUCACAGAAAUGGACACUCUGCAGCAUGAUGGAGACCAGAUGGAGUGGAAGGAGUCAGCCAGGUGGAUAAAAUUUGAAGAAAAGGUAGAGGAAGGAGGCGAACGCUGGAGCAAGCCCCACGUGUCCACGCUGUCCCUGCAUAGCCUCUUUGAGCUCCGUACCUGCCUGCAGACGGGGACAGUGCUGCUGGAUCUGGAUAGUGGAUCCUUACCACAGAUCAUAGAUGAUGUCAUUGAGAAGCAGAUUGAGGAUGGGCUUCUGCGGCCAGAGCUCCGCGAACAAGUCAGCUAUGUCCUCCUGAGGAAGCAUCGUCAUCAAACCAAGAAGCCCAUCCAUCGCUCCUUAGUAGACAUUGGAAAGUCAGUCUCCUCCACCACAAAUCGCAGUCCUGCCCGGAGCCCUGUGGCUGGCCCAAGUCUACAUCGCUCCACCGAGGAUCUGAGGAUGCAGCAAAGCACAAAUUACGGACAUCUGUGUCACUUGCAGAGCAGAAGCAUGAAUGACAUCUCCCGCACCCUAAACACAGACCAGCGGAAAAACAAAUUUAUGAAGAAGAUCCCCAAGGACUCAGAAGCUUCCAAUGUGCUUGUGGGUGAGGUAGACUUCCUGGACCAGCCAUUCAUUGCAUUUGUGCGUCUCAUCCAGUCUGCCAUGCUGGGAGGAGUAACUGAGGUGCCUGUUCCCACCAGAUUUCUGUUCAUUCUUCUGGGACCUUCUGGGAGAGCAAAGUCCUACAAUGAAAUUGGCCGUGCCAUUGCAACUCUCAUGGUGGAUGAUCUCUUCAGUGAUGUGGCUUAUAAAGCCCGUAAUCGGGAAGAUCUGAUUGCAGGAAUUGAUGAGUUUCUAGAUGAAGUCAUUGUCCUUCCUCCUGGAGAAUGGGACCCAAAUAUUCGAAUAGAGCCACCCAAGAAAGUGCCCUCUGCUGACAAGAGGAAGUCCGUGUUCUCCCUGGCUGAGCUAGGCCAGAUGAAUGGCUCUGUAGGUGGAGGAGGCCCCUCAGCUGGAGGAGGACCUGGCAGCAGUGGGGCUGGCGGCAGCGGGGCUGGAGGAGCAGGCAGUGCAGAUGAUGCAGAGAUGCCAGCUAUGCACGAAAUUGGGGAGGAACUUAUCUGGACAGGAAGGUUCUUCGGUGGACUGUGUCUGGAUGUCAAGAGGAAGCUUCCCUGGUUCCUCAGUGACUUCUGUGAUGGCUUCCACAUCCAGUCCAUCUCUGCCAUUCUAUUCAUCUACCUCGGCUGUAUUACCAACGCUAUCACAUUUGGUGGGCUUCUGGGUGACGCCACUGACAAUUAUCAGGGAGUGAUGGAGAGCUUCCUGGGCACUGCCAUGGCUGGCUCCUUGUUCUGCCUCUUCUCGGGACAACCUCUCAUCAUCCUUAGCAGCACAGGACCCAUCCUUAUCUUCGAGAAGCUCCUCUUCGACUUUAGCAAAGGCAAUGGCUUAGAUUACAUGGAGUUCCGACUCUGGAUUGGCCUACACUCAGCCAUCCAGUGCCUUAUCCUGGUGGCCACUGAUGCCAGCUUUAUCAUCAAGUAUAUCACCCGCUUCACCGAGGAGGGCUUCUCCACCCUCAUCAGCUUCAUCUUCAUCUAUGAUGCCAUCAAAAAGAUGAUUGGUGCCUUCAGGUACUACCCCAUCAACAUGGACUUCAAGCCUGACUCCAUCACCACCUACAAAUGCGAGUGCAUUGCUCCUGACACAGUGAAUACAACUGUGUUCAAUGCCUCAGCCCCGCUGGCACAAAUCACCAAUGCUUCUCUGUACAACCCCCUUAACCUCACAGCACUGGACUGGUCCCUUCUGAGCAAGAAGGAAUGUCUCAGCUAUGGUGGGCGCCUGCUUGGGAACUCAUGCCAGUUCAUCCCAGACCUGGCACUUAUGUCCUUCAUCCUUUUCUUCGGGACAUACUCCAUGACCUUGACUCUGAAGAAGUUCAAAUUCAGCAGAUAUUUUCCUACUAAGGUCCGGGCCCUGGUGGCUGACUUUUCCAUUGUUUUUUCCAUCCUGCUAUUUUGUGGAAUUGAUGCCUGUUUUGGCCUAGAAACCCCCAAGCUACAUGUGCCUAGUGUCAUCAAGCCCACGCGGCCUGACCGAGGCUGGUUUGUGGCCCCUUUUGGGAAGAACCCAUGGUGGGUAUACCCAGCGAGCAUCCUGCCCGCCUUGCUGGUGACCAUCCUGAUCUUCAUGGACCAGCAGAUUACAGCCGUCAUUGUCAACCGAAAGGAGAACAAGCUGAGGAAAGCUGCUGGCUACCAUCUGGACCUAUUCUGGGUAGGCAUCCUCAUGGCCCUGUGCUCCUUCAUGGGGCUUCCCUGGUACGUGGCUGCCACAGUCAUCUCCAUCGCCCACAUCGACAGCCUCAAGAUGGAGACGGAGACCAGUGCCCCUGGGGAGCAGCCCCAGUUCUUGGGGGUCAGGGAACAGAGAGUGACUGGUAUCAUCGUCUUCAUCCUGACGGGAAUCUCUGUCUUUCUGGCUCCCAUCCUGAAGUACAUCCCCAUGCCAGUGCUGUAUGGAGUCUUCCUCUACAUGGGUGUGGCCUCCCUGAAUGGCAUCCAGUUCUGGGAACGCUGCAAGCUCUUCCUGAUGCCUGCCAAGCACCAGCCAGACCACGCCUUCCUGCGCCACGUGCCCCUGCGCCGGAUCCACCUCUUCACCUUGGUGCAGAUCCUCUGCCUGGCGGUGCUCUGGAUCCUGAAGUCCACCGUGGCCGCCAUCAUCUUCCCGGUCAUGGUAUCUGCUUUAGUUUCUCUGCGUUAA